AUGAAUCAAAAUGUUGGCCCUCUACUUACAGUCCUGGGAUGGGUGGUUUAUCGGCUCUAUUUGGAUCCACUGUCUCAUAUCCCAGGCCCGUUUCUGGCUAAAUUCAUCCCGGUCUGCAAUAUCCGAAUGGUUCUUACCAGGAACCUGGUGUACACGUUCAAAGAGCUGCACGACACCUAUGGGCCGGUGGUUCGCAUUGGGCCUAGCGAUCUAUCAUUUGCCACCGUGACUGCGUUUGAAAGCAUCUAUGGUUUCGAAGGUGAUAAGAACUUUUCCCUCUAUGGAAGCCGCAAGGGCCUGCUUGGCUCCCUGGCCGGCAUGGGGGACUCGCUUUCGAACUCGACGCGCAGAGAGCAACGGCGAUUGCUUCGGCCCCUGAUCACGACGACUCUUAGCGAGCUGGCAACCGCCAGUACCGAGCGAUACUGCAACAUUGCGUUAUCCGAGAUGCUACAAGCGCAUUCCGUAGGGCAAACAGAAUCAACGCCUAUCCCGCUUUCCACGCUCAAUGAUCGGUGUCUGUGGCAACUUGGCUCUAUGGUGGCCUUUGGAAACCGCAGUACGGAAGGGGUUCGAGUGCAAUUUCAUGUGAACCUCGGAUGGUUGGACCACUUCAUGUGCUUCUUGGAGGUCUUCUGUGCCUUCCUGCCUCGUGCAUAUAUUCAGGAUCAUAUUCCGGCCUUCUUCAAGACGUGGCAGACUAUCUGUGCCAUCUUCCGACAACAUGCCGAUCCCUCAUGGAUGGAAAAACAGCCGAAUCAUACCAGCUUCGACGAUAACCAGCUCGUGCGCCUUCGAACUGCUACUUCCAAGGCAGGGCUCAUGGACAUCUCCGACGGGUUGCUGCAGGUCAAUUCCAUCAUCACUGGCUUCAGCGUCUACGGGGCGACGGAAAGUUCUUUGAACACCCUCCUUUAUUUCCUGCUGCAAGACCGGCACUGUAUGAAGAAACUCGAGGAAGAGCUACUCGCCGCAUUUCGUUGCAUCGACGAGGUCUCCGAUAGCCGCCUUGCCAAGUUGCCCUACUUCAACGCCUGUAUCGAUGAGAACUUCCGGAUCGCCCCGGCAUUCAAUGGCGGAAUUCUGCAACGGGUAUCUUGCGGUGCCACCGUCGAUGGCGUCUAUGUACCAGCAGGCGUCGGGGUCGCGGUAGACCAUUACACCCUUGCGCAUUCGAAGCAAUACUGGGAGAACCCCGAUGCGUUUUACCCGGAGCGCUGGCUGGAUUCCAAUGGCAAGGAUGACUUCAAGGCCACCCGGCCAUUCCUCAUCGGCGUGCGGCAGUGUCCUGGGCGCCAGAUGGCAUACCAGGUGCUCCGGGUACUGGUGGCCAAGAUGGUGUAUCUCUACUCGAUGGAGCUGGUCAACAAGGACUUUGACCUGAUACGGGAUAGCUCCUCGUCGUAUCACUGGGGUGGUGUGAAAUUGGAUGUUAUCAUGACGCCGCGAACCCCGGGAGUCCUGGGAUACUGAAUCCAUCCGAUUCUUUCUUGCACCCAUGACACGAUAUUGUGGAGACGCUUGCCUCAGUGCAGGUGACCUUGCUCCGGAGAUCGAGAGGCAGUCACGGUUUUUUGUUGAGGCUAGGUGGCCUUGGAGUUGUUGGUUAUCCAUUUUGUUUCCCUUCAGUGGGAGCUUUUUCAUAAAGAGAUAGUCGG